ACUACAUCUUUUGUGUUAUGUGUAAAAAAUCUAAUGAAAUCGAUAAUUUUGUUUAUAAAUUCAUAUAAUUGACGUGGCCAAUAUUCGUAAGUUUCAAAUGAACGUACUGCACAUCCAAGUUGCGCACAGGAUUCUACUUCUGAAUCUGAUCCAAUCGAACUAAACCUAACCUCUCAACGUGAACUAAACGCUUUAUAACUCAUCGAUGGUUAAUAGAUACGAUCAAAUAGUAAAGAUAAAUCUUAAAACAACGAUACAUAUAUUAAUGUUUAAUAAAUAAUAUUAAUAUAAGAAAGAUUGUAUGCAUCGAGAAUGUCACUGCAUCACUUCUUUUCUGUUCACUAUUAUUAAUGGGACACUAAAUUUUCUCUGAUGCUGUUAUUAUUCAUUGUAUUAUUAUCAUGGCGGGAGUCUGUCUGUACGAUUCUACUAUUUGUCGGCUAUGUGCAGAAGAUAAUGGCAAUGGAGAAUUAUUGUAUAAGGACGAGAGUGAUGAUUCCAAUUUAAGUUCUAUGGUGAAUCGCUAUUUACCAUUAAAGAUUCGAGAUGAUGGGAAAUUACCUAGAACAAUUUGUCCUGGCUGUAAUAUUCAGCUGGAGUCUACUGUACAAUUUUUUGAAUUGUUGGUGGAUGGGCAGCGAAAAAUACGAGAAAUGUGGAAACAACAAGUCGAAGAGCAAAGAAAAGCAGAAAGAGAACGUAUACGUGUUGAAAAACAAAGUUCGGAAGUUGGAACAGGUUUGCCAGAUUCGGAUAACGACAUAAGAAAUAAUGAAGAUAAUCAAUUAGAAAAACAAAUAAUCAUUAAAGUAAUGUCUGAUGGUUCUUUAUAUACCACUGAACAUGAAAUGAGUUUGCAAAUGGAAGGUUUAAGUAAACCAAGACGAAAAAGAGGCCGUCCUCCUAAAGUACAUAAUGAUAUGGAAUCUUCUAAGAUAAUUAUAAAAGAAGACAUUGCGGAAGGAGUAAGUCAAGAAGAGGAAGAUAAACAAGAAGAAGAUCUUGAAGAAAUAGAUGGUGAUGGUAGACGUCGUAGAAAGCGUAAAGUUCCUAAAAGGUUUAUGGAAGCUGUUCAAGGCAAAGAAUUAGAAAGAAUAUUUAAGGAAGAAGGUGUUAUAGAUGAGGAAGAGGAUGAAGAACUCGAUCACAUCGAAGAUUCUGAAGAACGAAUAAAUGUAACAAUUCCAGAUGGUCAAGAAGAGAUAAUCGGACAUUUAGAAACUGAAGAAGGAAAGGAUUUAGGUGAAUUAGUAAUUGUAAAUCGUGGAAGAGGUCGUGGUAGACCGAAAUUGCGCCGUAGAAAAAGCAAAUUUACUUGCCCAUAUUGUAGUAGAGGUUUUCUUCAACGUAGUAGAUAUAUUGUACACAAAAGUUUUCAUAAAAGUUUAAAAUACGAAUGUAGAGAAUGUAAAAAGUUAUUUACAAACAAAGAUAAUUUUGCAUUGCAUCAAAAGAUGAGCCAACAUACGGGAUGCAGUAUUACAGAAAUUAACGAUGAACAUGAUAUUAAUUAUCAGAAAUCAGUAACUGAAAAUACAAAUUCAAUAUUAAAUAAUACAUCGCUACAUGAAACCAAGGAUUUAGGAAUUACAUUGAUGAAUAAUCAAAAUCUGGACGAAGUCACGGAGAAUUCAGACAAUAAUGUAAUUAAUAAUUCAGAUAAAAAAAUUUUAUGUGAACAGUGCGAAAAAACAUUUCAAACGAAAGAAUCAUAUGACUUACAUGUCAAAAUAGUUCAUGAAAACGAAAAACCAUUUGUAUGUAACAUUUGUAAUAAAACGUUUACAUCUGAAACCAAUUUAAAAGGACAUUUGUUAACUCACGAGGGAAAUAAAUCAGAUAAAGGAUAUCCUUGUGAUAUUUGUGGAAAAGUAUUAAAUCAUCCAAGCUCUGUUGUAUAUCAUAAAGAAGCUGAACAUAAUAAUGGUCGUCGUUUUGUAUGUAAUAAAUGUGGAAAGAGUUUCAAACAUAGGCAGUUAUUACAUCGUCACCAACUUGUACAUUCUGAAGAUCGACCUUUUAUGUGUAAAUCGUGUAAUGCUAGCUUUAAAACAAAAGCAAAUUUAAUUAAUCAUCAAUCUACACAUACGGGAGAGAAAAAAUAUUUUUGUGAAUUAUGUAGUCAACAGUUUGCUCAUAAAACUAGUCUAACUUUACAUUACAGGUGGCAUACUGGUCAUAAGCCAUAUUCUUGUGAAGUUUGUCAUAAAAGUUUCUCGCAGAAUGGUAAUCUUCAAGAACACAUGCGUAUACAUACUGGAGAAAAACCAUAUUGCUGUGAUCAUUGUGGACGUAAAUUUACAACUUCAUCACAAUUUAAGUUACACGUUAAACGUCAUACUGGUGAACGUCCAUGGAAGUGCGAGUUUUGUGCCAAAUGUUUCCUACAUAAAGACACAUGGAAGUGUCAUGUACGUAGACACAAGGGAGAAAGACCUUUUCAAUGUUCACAUUGUAAUCGUGGAUUUACAGAACAAUGGGCCUUAAAAAAGCAUCUUCGAUUACACACAGGUGAAAAACCGUAUUCUUGUGAAAUUUGUGGAAAAGCUUUCGCUGAUUGUUCUAACUUAACGAAACAUAAAAAGGUGCAUAGAGAAAGCAAAGUUUUAGCAUUAGGUGGGAUACAUGAUGCUUCCGAAAUUAGUGAAGUAUGGCAGAUCUUACCAAAUUCUCGAGAAACAGAUGAAAAUUCAUUAAGUGAUCAAAUGGCUCAAGUCAUUACGACCGAAGAAGCAUCUGCAGAUGGAUUACAACAAAUUAUUUAUGUUUCUUAUCAAGAUCCUAAUGAUCCUAAUCUAUCCAGAACAUUACAUUUGGUUGAUACUGACAUGAUGCGUGAAAAGGAAGGAAUUGUCAGCACUCAAGGACAAUCUUUACCUCAUUUAGAUGUUGAAAAUGAAAUAAUCACCUGUCACCCACAUAAUCAUACAGCCAAUAUUUCAAAUGGACGAGUAGCCAUGGAAUUAUCAGAACCAGAUUUACAAUUACAAAUUACAGAUGAAGAAGGAAAUCCAAUUCCACUUUCUAUACAAGAUACAAGACAAUUAUUAUCGCAAGGACAAUUUGUUAGUCAAUUAAAUGAUGGCCAAACUAUCAGAGUUCAUUCAGGCGUAAUUGCUCAAGAAUUUGCUGGAUCUUUAGGUGUUCAUGUUAAUCAUAAUGGUAAUAUAGCAGCAAUAAAUAAUACUACAGUCCAUGAAGUAAAUAAACCAAGCACAAUAUCAACCAUACAAACAGAUGCAGAAGCGAUUGUCAAAGCAUUAGAAGACGAAGAUACUGAUGCAACAGCUGUUGCUACUAUAAAUCAUCAAAUGGGAGGAGAAGAGCAGGCAGAAAUAUCAGAUGGACAACAUACUAUUGAAUUUAUGACAAGCGAUGGACAAAAAGUCCGACUUCUUACUUCGUACCAUGUUGACCCAUUACAUCUUGCUUCAGAGUACCUGACUAUUGCAACUGAUGAAUUACUUAAUUAAAAAAGACGGUUUUUGAUGCAAUGAAGCUAAUAUUGAGGCACCGAAUUGACUAUUAUACAUAAUACUUAAUAAAUUACUAAGUAUAAUAAGUAAAUACUUUAAACUUAUUACUUAUCUUAUAAACUGUAGUUAUUACAUUUAAACAAAUAGAAGCAAUGAAAAAUUGAAUUUAAUUUUCAUUUUAUUCUGGUUAGCAGAUGUAAUAAAUGUCAACAAGAAUGUAAAAAUUAAUU